GUAUAGUGAUUUGGGAUAUUUUGAAGAGGGUUUUUCUCUGAUUUUUAGAGAGAGAAAAGGAAGAUGGGAUGGGAUGCUGAUUUGGGAUAUUUUGAAGAGGUUUUUUCUCUUAGGAUGUUGUUCGAUAGAAAGCCCUAACUAUACUGAUUUGUGAAGAGGCCCUAACAGAUUUCGCCUAACUGAUUUUUAGAGAGAGAAAAGGAAGAGGGUUUUUUAUUUUCUUGGGGAAACAGCAUGCAGAGCUGAAGGAUUAGUGAAGAAAACCCUAGGAAUUCAGCCCUAGCUUGCCAUGUCAGGCCUCUCUAAACAGUCGAAGAUCAGCUCCUUCUUCAAGCCUUCUGCAACGAUCGACUCUUCUCCUCUCACCAGUGAAUUGGAAGGCCACGCAACUUUUAGAGAAAGAGAUGAUAUUCUAGCCACUUAUAGACGCCGCACUCCUGUAAGCAAACUCUCUUGUAAAGCUUCUGAUGAAGAUGAUGAAGCUAUUAAACUCGAUAGCAAGGCUAAACUCCAAUUGGUUCUUUCUCAUUCUGAAUCAAACAUGCCAAGAAGAAAUUCCUUUGGUUCAAUUGAAAGAAACUAUUCUUCUGAUUCAUUUAAGUCUUGGCAAGAAAGCAAUCCAAUGAGCAGGACCUUCGACAAGAAAAGGAGUUAUGCACAAUAUUAUUUGGAGCUUGGACAAUCUGAUUUCAUUCUUCACACGUGUUCUUUAUGUGGGCUGCGAUAUUCAUGUGGCGAUGAAGAGGAUGAGAGGGUUCACAAGGCAUUCCAUAAGAAAUACAUCCAGGGAGUUCAAUUUAAGGGUUGGUAUAAUGAAAGGGUAAUAUGCACAUAUCCGGAUAAUGGAGAGCGCAUAGUUUUGAUAUUGAACAGCGAUCCACCUGCUCAUCAACAAAAGGUCCAAGAGGUUGCGAAGAUAAUGGUGAAGGAGCUUAAUUUGGAUGAUGAGUGGCUUCUGCAUAAACUCUGCAAGGUUUAUCUACUUAUCUCGAGUCAGAGAAUUGUUGGCUGUCUUGUGGCAGAACCAAUCAGAUAUGGUUACAAAGUCAUCUCAAACUGUCCUUCAAUCAUAAAUUCAUCAAGUUCAAGUGCAAAAGAGAAUUUCAAAACAAAAACUGGUGUGCUUCUCUUUGGCAAUGUCAGUUUCGAGAGAGAAACAAUCCAAAGAUCUAAUGUAAAGAACUCAGAGAAGAUUGCAGAUGAGUUUAUCGGUACUGCAAUCCUUUGUGAGAAGGAACCUGUGCCAGCCGUUGCUGGCAUAAGAGCCAUUUGGGUUCUGGCCUCCAGCAGGAGAAAGGGUAUAGCAACUCGCUUGCUUGAUGCUGCAAGGACGAACUUCCUCAUGGGUUAUAUCAUGGAGCCCUCCCAAUUUGCCUUCUCUCAGCCAACUUCUUUGGGGAAGACAUUUGCCAUGAAGUAUUGCAGUACCACCUCAUUUUUGGUUUAUAAAUCAGGAAGUGGGCGUCUCAAAAAGGGCAUUUGGCAUACAGACGAUAUCUUUUGGAUCGUUUAUUGAACGAGCACAUUUCUAUGAAAAAAAAGAAAUUUUUUAUCCGUCUAGAUCCUGUUGAAGUCUCCAAUGAAUAUUGGCAUGAGUCCCUACUUUAUGAU